AUGACCGGAACCUUCGGUGUCGCCACUGCUGCGGCAAAACCUGUUUCUUUGAUUCAGCGAUUGAAGAGAGGGGCAAGUGCUACCCUCGUCACUUUUAAAGCCGCUCCGACGCCCACACUGACUGAAAUUGAACGAGCCAGGCCGUCGUCUGCCCAGGGCAUUGGCAACCGUACAUCAAGUAAGUACACUCGCGGGAUUUUAGUCUCGUCUGGUGUUGGUAUCGGAACCUUGUUGCGUGGGAUUGUUAGUCACGCAAGUGAUAAUAAGUCAUACCGAGGUCCACCUCCUAGAAGUCGGAAUUCAUCGCGCAUGAGUGGAGGAGUAGGACCUUCAAUAACUUACGGCCGGGGUAGCACUGCUUUAAAAACUUUGACAUCAAGUGCGAUCAAAGUAAGGUCCUUGGAUGAAGAAUGCUCCGCUUAUGAGAAACCAUCCAACGUCUCAAAUCGUGGCAAGCGAUAUGUUGCAGAGAAUAGAGACGAAGUGCAUAUCAAUCGAGGUUCCACAACCACAUUAGGUCCAACGAGACCAGCUUCCACUCUCUCAGGCAGAUCGAAGUUUGCCAAUCACCGUGCGUCAGGAGGGUUGGUUUGGGAAAUUUCAAGGAACGGAUCAAAUAAAACGUUAGCAGCCAGCAAGACAGACUUGGAAGAGGAAGAGCGCACAGUUGUGAGAAUUCCGAGACGUCAAAAUGUCCGGGCAUCGCAGCGUAACUCAAAUGACAGCGGCUAUGACAGAUAUAGCUCACCUUCGGAUCUAAGCCAACUUGGUCAUCAGCAAAGGAGAUUUCGAAGAGAGCCAACACGUGGCUUGCGUGAAUGGAAAGGUGAGUUUGUAAGGGGAAGUCAGAGGUUAGAGGAGCUACAAAGUUGCCAAGACGCUACUGGAGUAGCCACGCAAGCCUUCAUGACUACAGAUGGAUCACAUAGAUUAGUGGAGAACCGGCCAGCAUCAGCAUCCGUAAGGGUGAUUAAGGGAGCCUCGCUACCGCUGGCAGCCCAGCACGGUGUGGAUCAAAACUGGGAGCCUCUCCGGCGCCAAACGAGUCUGCUGAAAGAUAUUGUUAAGGAUACAAAAAUGAGAGAAGAAGUGAAAAACAAAGCCGAAAGAUUACAGCUGCAAUCCGUGGACGAAAUAGAUCUAGAUGAAGGCGGCAUCUCGCGUGACAAUCAUGGUCAAGAUCAUGUCAAGGACAGUGUGGAAGAGUUCACUGAGGAGCACAGAGUCGACAGAUUGGCGUCGUCACGUCAUAUAAUUGAUCAACCAUGCUCUCUUGAGCGAACAUCGCUGGAGUCGCUCAAUAAAACGAUGAUUAGACUCACUCAUGGAGAUUAUUUAGGUCCAUUGACACCACCGCUUGGGACGGCGGCUCAUCUGACUUUGGUAGAGCAGAAUACCAAUUCACCGGCAGGAAAUGCAUCGAGUUCUAACUCUUCUACCAGUCAUCUACAACUUGGAGGAAAGUUGCAGGAUCAACAGGUCCUCCACUCUCCUGCUGUCGAAUCAAGGGGCCGAGCUUUUAGACGCAGAAAUUACGAGAAGGCUCAUUACAACGCAAACGACGAGAAAAUUGCACAUCUACAGAGGGCAUUUGGUGAACUAAAAGGCUCAAUGGAGGGUGAAAAAAUCGGGAUUGAGGUCGAAGGCGAAGGAUGGCGGGGUGGUGUCGACCGCUUAGAAAUGGAGCUAGAGAGCGUGAAGGAGAUAGAAAAUGAGUUGAUUUCGGAGAAAGACAAUUUCAAGAAUGAGAUCAAAACUAAGUUAUUAGAAUUCAAGGUAGAUACUGAGAAGCUCUUCCAACGAGAAAGAGAACAGGUCCAGAUGAUGGUGGAGGAGAGGAUAGAAAGACAGCUUAAGUCACUGCCGUUAGGCAGUGGCUGGGCAGAGGUGAAGAACGAGAUGCAGCUUCUAUGGAGCGAGAUGGAUUCCUUGAUAAAGAGCAGGCAGGACUUGGCAAAUCACGUUGAGCACCUCACGGUCGUUGCAAAAAAGGAACAGGAUAUGCUGAAAUCAGAGAAUGGUUCUUUACGCAAUGAGUUGCAAUCUCUUCAGGAUGAUGGUGAUAAUGGAAACGGUCAAAGAAGAAUUGAGGCAAACCAUGGAGAAGAUAAAGAACGGUGAAACGGAUAUGAAGUUGGAGAUCCAAGGGCUGAAGAAUAUUGAGAAGGUCUUAAAGGUCGAACUUGGGGAUCUCAGAACAAGGUUGGGGAAGGUGCAAGACGAGACAAAAGGAAUGGCUGGAGAGAAGGAGAUGGCAUUAGCAGAGGGCACCCGCGAGCGGCUCUUGAUCAUGGAGAGGAUCGAAUGUCUCUCACAGCUCUACUUGGGUGGAUUGGAGGACGUGAGACAAGACAUGUGCGAUGUGAACCAUAGUUGCAACAAGCGUGUAGACAAGGUUGAAAGUCAGUGGGAUAGCUUGAAGAGACAUCGGGAGGUGGCUUGCGAGGAUAGCGGUUCCUCAUUGCCACGCCAAGUAACCAAUUACAUAUCUACAAUGAUGAUAACGUUAAAUACAGAACACUUUUUGUUUCACCAGUUUUAUUGCUUCAAUAUAUGACACGGAAAAGUAAU